UGCCUCUGUUCCCAUUAGCAACCCGAGGCUUCAAAACAGCUUCUAUUCCCACUGGCCGUCUUGCGGUCUCGCACCGUUGGCGAUCGCGGGCUGGCCGCGUCCCCGCUUGCACUGGCCAGCUCCUCUGGGCCUCUGACGCCCUGCUACCGCCAUGGCAGAAUUGGGCCUCAAUGAACAUCAUCAAAAUGAAGUUAUUAAUUAUAUGCGUUUUGCUCGAUCAAAGAGAGGCCUGAGACUCAAAACUGUAGAUUCCUGCUUCCAGGACCUCAAGGAGAGCAGGCUGGCUGAGGAGACCUUCACCGCGGACGAGGUGGCUGACAUGCUGGGCGGGCUGCAGGCCGUGGUGCAUAGUGAGGUGGAGUCUGAGCUCAUCCACACCGCGCACACUAACGUGCUGCUCCUGUGCCAGCUCUUCGAGCAGGCUGAGCGCUGGUACCUCAAGCUGCGGACCGACGCCUCCGAGCUGGAAAACAGAGAAUUACUAGAACAAGUUGCAGAAUUUGAAAAAGCAGAAUUUAUAUCUUCAAGAAAAAAGCCCAUCUUGGACACCACAAAGCCAAAACUCGCUCCUCUUAAUGAAGGUGGAACGGCAGAGCUGCUAACCAAGGAAAUACUAAGACUUCAAGAAGAGAACGAGAAACUGAAGUCGAGACUGAAGGUGAUCGAGGCGCAGGCCACGACUGCGCUGGACGAGAAGGCGAAGCUGGAGCAGGCACUGUGGGACCUGCAGCUGGACAAGGGGAAGCAAGAGGAUUUAAUAAAAGCACAAGAUCUGAGCGACUUGGAGAGCAAGGUGGCAGCUUUGAAGAGCGAGUUUGAGAAGACGCUGAGCGACAGGGUAGAGAACCAGAAGUCCCUGGAGGAGACUCUUGUGACGGCCAAGCACGACCUCCUCAGGGUGCAGGGCCAGCUGAGCCUGGCAGAGAAGGAGCUGGAGAAGAAGUUCCAGCAGACCGCAGCAUACCGGAACCUGAAAGAGAUGCUCACCAAGAAGAAUGACCAGAUCAAAGAGCUGCGGAGAAAGCUGGCCAAAUAUGAACCUGAGGAUUGAAGACGGGAUACCCAGUGUGGACGACACGCCAUCUCUGGCACAGCAUGUCAUGUUUUUCCUCCUCAUUUUUCUGAUGUUCAGAUUUGGCUUCCACUGUUUAGAACUCAAGUUCCUGUUGUAACGAUCCCAGCCGGAUGUCACCGACGCGUCCCUGCUCCGUCCUGCCCCAGGAUGGCGAGGACUCUACAGUACAGGGGGUGUAGAGAAAAGACUCCUACCCGUCUGCUUUAGAAUAAAGAGGGUGUCUUUUAGUAAAUGUUAGGUUACUCCAACAUCUGUACUUGUCCAUUCCCCAGAGGUAAAGAUAAAUACUAGAGUUCUUAAAGAUAGUUACUACAAAUCUUAUUUUUAAUACUUAAGUCUGUACCCUGUUUAACCAUUAAAAAUUCUGUGAUUUGAUUGAAAA